CCCCGCCCCGGCCUUCACCGUCUCAACUCUCCAUACUUUGCCUUCCUUGCGAACAUGACUUAAAGCGUAUCGUCCUUCAGUCGAAUGGAGUUUCGAUGGGGUGAUUUCGACGAAUCGUUCACUCGUUCGUUCGUUCGUUCGUUCGCAGACCGCUUGCGAGUCUCCGAACUUCGUCUCGAUUCGAUGCGUGCGCUCUUCGCGAGAGAGAGAGAGAGAGACGUUCGCUUUUCAGAUCUCUCUUUUCCUCUCAUCUCUCUCUUUUUGCAGUAGUCGAACCGUGCUCGUUUUAUCGAAUUUCAUUAAUACCGUUGAUUCGUCUAUGGUUGUGAGAAAAAAAAAAGCUUUGCAAAUUAAACGUCCAGCUAAAUUUCUAGUAUGUCGAGCAACGAUUCGCCAAUCAAUUCACGGUGAACUGUUGAAGACAAAGAGAAUCUAAAUAACGACAAGAUUAUAAAGUAAUCAUAAUAGCAUCGAAAGAGGAGGAGAUAGACGGAAAGAAAGAAAAAGAUAAAGAAUACGUUUCUUCGAGCCAUCGUAAUUUCCAUCUAAGUGGAAAUUCGUCGAUAUCGGACGGAUAACGGGAAACGUCCUGUACGACAAAAAUAAAACACUCAAGGAAAAACGUUAAAGCGGAUCAUCUUCUUGGCGUACUUGUUAAGAGCGAGAAACAAACGAAUUCUCGAUUAGAAGUAACGCAAAGAGAAGGAGAAGACGAUCGGAGCGUGAGUAGGUAAGAGCGAGAGAGAAAGAAAAAGAGAAAGAGAAAAAGAGAGAGAGAGAGAGAGAGAGAAAGAGACAGACACAGAGAGAGAGAGAGAUAGGAGUUCUGAGGAGUCGGUUGCCGACUCGACGACCUCAGCCGGCAGCCGAGAAGCAGUAUAAGAAGGACAGAGAAGGAAAGAGUUAAGAGUCGGCUUGAUGACGAGCGCUGUUGCGGAGCAGGAAACGAAAAGGGAGAAGACGGGAGUGGUGGUGAAGGAGGUGGUGGAGGUUGUGGAGGCGGAGAAGGAGGAGGAGGUGGAAGAAGAGGAAAAGGGGGUGGAGGGGGUGGAGUAGACUGGAUGGAGGAGCCCACGUUGCAAUGAUAUCGAUUCCAAUGCUUCUUACUAGACGUGGUUGGUUAGGGUGGGCAACCCCUUACUUUUUAUCCCUUUUCCUCCGCCUUGCCUCCCUUCACCACCCUCCGACCGCGGUUCUCGUCUUUCUCUCCCGGCCUCGCCAACUCCUUCGAUCCUCUCGCGAUAUUUUACUCGGUUAUUUCUACGGUCCCUCUCUCUCCUUUCUCUUUUUCUUGUCUCUCUCUUUUCUCUCUCUCUCUCUCUCUCUCUCUCUCUCUCUCUCUCUCUCUUUGUCUUUCUCUCGAUCUUUUUCCGUCUUCAUCAUUCCUGUCUAUACCUUCUUUCCACUCUUCGAAAUCGCUCGCACUGCUUCAAAUAGGUUCGUCAUUCGAAGACGAAGGAAAAUUAUUCUUGUCGAUCAGUUAGCCGGCCAGAACUAGUCAGAGAUUGAAGCCUCGUUAUGCUCAGACCAAACUCCUUACCCAUUGUAACGGGCAUCUACUUUUAAUCGACGAAAAUUACUGGAUUUUCAUUUUAACGUCAAUCUCGAUGCACUUGACGAAUCACGGGCCUCGAACGAAAAAUGAGAAGAAAUAGGAUGGGCUGGUAGUAAAAGGUAAAGAAGAACGAUAAGGAGGGAAAUAGACAGGUAGACGAAAAAAGGGAGAAAAUGGAACAGAAAAGAAAAUUGGAAGGAAGCAAGAGAAUGCAAUACAUACACACACGUACACGAAAACACAGAAAGGCUACACAUAUUCAGAAGAUCCUCUGAUUACUGCGAGUUCCGUCUUUCGCCGUCUGUCUUUUCGUCUUUCCCCGCUUCAUCCACUUGACGAAACGGUUCGUCUCCAUCCCUAACUCUCUCUCUCUCUCUCUUUUUCUUUUCGUCGUCCUCCCUCUAGUGGCAAGCUCUCUUCGUUUAAUUGAUUUCUUAAGACCCGAUGGGGGUUCGCGGAUGUGACUCCGAGCGGAUGCAGUUUUUCCCGCUUCUCUUCUCCCUUUCACUCUUUCUCUCUCUCUCUCUCUCUCUCUCUCUCUUUCUUUCUCUUACUCUACCAUCCUUCGAAUGUCUCCAGUACUCCCGGAUUUUCUUCCUCUCUCUUCCUCCUUUUUUUCUCUCUAGACUACGAGGAGGAGAAGGUGGAGAUGAGGGAGAAGAAUACGAAGAACAGAGUCUGAAAGAGAAGAAAUCGGAGAUGGAUGAUGAGAGAAGGAGUAGUAGGGAGAAGAUAGAGGCGGAGAAAAAGGAGGAGGUUGGACCCCGAGGGACGGAGAUGCAAGAUAUUGCAGCCCCGCGGGACACAGGGACGUAAUCUCCACGACGGUGCCGGAGACGUAUUACAAUCCCGCGGUUCUCCAACUACGAAGUCACUCGGUUCCCGUGCAUGAAUGGCCCAUUCUCCUUGGCCUGUCUCUAGGAAAGUCUCUAUCUAUUCCGAUUACUGCUCCACCUUCCCUACCUCCACCUCCCUUUCUUUCUCUCUCUCUCUCUCUCUCUCUCUCUCUUUCUCUUUCUUUCUCUCGUAUCCUCGAAAGCUUGGAACAUCAGCCGAGUUUUACCCCGCUUUUUCACCUACCAACCUACGCCGCCGUCGACUCUACAGCCGGCGGCCUCGGAGAACAAAGAUUUCAUUUUUCACUGGCACCAGGGACCAAGGCGAGAGCCCGGGCUCAGGACAGCGCGGUGGAGGAACUCUUCUUGCGUUGCAGAUUUCUUUCAUUACUACUCUUAAUCACGGAUCGACGGCGACUCCCUCGGUUCAUCUCUUCCUCCCUUCUUCUUGUCGCCGUGGUCGUCGUCGUCGUCGUCGUCGUCGUCGUCGUCGUCGUCCUCAUCGUCGUAGACGUAUAGACGGCGAAGGGGUGCGAAAUCGUACGAGCGUGUAUACUGAGGAGGAAUUGGAAGAGGACGAGGGCCAGGACGAGGGCCACAGCAAGCUAGAGAGAAUCAGAACGAGAAAGAGAGGGUCAGGACGAGGGGGAUCGGGAAAAGAGAACAAAGAGUGCAAGUAUAAGGUGGACGGGGUUGGUGGAGGGGGAUGUAGCCUCGACGUUCGUUCGGGGGUGGCAUUCGGGUGGGUGGUGCAUAUAAGAUGGGCGACGUACAAUGCACGCACCCUCGGCGCACUCGAGGCUCCUCAAGCAAUACUCCUGAAGGGUGGAGUACGGAGGGAAGAUUCCGAAAACUCGGCCGCUCAAUACGUGCCUGUGUCGAGCCGGCUCACCCUUCGUAUUUUCUUUCCUUAUCCUUCUCGUCUGCCCUCUUUCCUUAUACCAACUCUCGUCCUUUCUUUUUUUUCUUCUUUUUCUUUCUUCAUCGAUCGAGUCGAUCCACGAGCCACGAGGAAUUGCGUUCGUUGAAGAAAAAACGAUUCUCGUCGAUUAGACGAGAUUUAAGAUAAGAAAGAAAACGCUGUAGUAGU